AUGGCAAAUUCAUCUAAAGCGAAAAACAAUCCAAAUAUUGAGGUUUUACCUGCAUUAAUUAUAGAUCGAUCAACAGCUGCAGAUGACAACGUUAAAUAUAUUUAUAAACGUAUUUAUAUUAAUUAUGAAAAAAAAAAUUGGAAUGAUGUCGUUAAAGAUAUUAACAUCUAUCAACAAAUUACAAAGUCCAAGAAACUUGAAGUAUUAAAAAUUAAAAGUGAACUUCAAGAAUUUUGUCAAAAAUCUAGGAAAGCAUUGAUGGAAUUAAACGAAAAUAAUGAUAUAGAUGAUUAUGAUGAUUAUAAGCAAUUUUUUUUAAAUUUAAGUCCAAAGAAUAUUGAUGAUUUUAUUAAUGGUGAACUCACAAAAUAUUGUCAUAGUAAAAGUAUCAUUCAUCGAGGUUUAAAACCUGAAAAUAUUCUUGUUGAUUGUUGUGGAAAUUUAAAACUAGCAGAUUUCGGUUGGAAUACAACAGCUUGUUGUACAUUAGAUUAUUUAGCACCAGAAAUUGUUGGUCAUAAACAAUAUCAAUAUCAAGUUGAUAAUUAG